CCUCGCCGCUUCCCCCCCCCACUCCCCCCACACCCCCGCGCCCGACCGCAGCCGGACCGGAACUAUGUGAUCCCGGAAGUUCCGGGGCCAUUGCCGUGUGGGAUAAACAGUAAUGGCGGAGGCUGCGGCUCCCGGAACAACAGCCGCAACAUCAGGAGCCGGAGCGGCGGCGGCGGCGGCGGCGCCCCUCAUCCCGACCCCCACGGUCGCCGCCCCGUCCCCGGGGGCGGGGGGAGGCGGGGGCGGCGGCGGCGGCGGCGGCUGGACGAAACAGGUCACCUGCAGGUAUUUUAUGCACGGGGUUUGUAAGGAAGGAGAUAACUGUCGCUACUCGCACGACCUCUCUGACAGUCCAUAUGGUGUAGUGUGCAAGUAUUUUCAACGUGGGUACUGUAUUUACGGAGACCGCUGCAGAUAUGAACACAGCAAGCCAUUGAAACAGGAAGAAGCGACUGCUACAGAUCCGAGCCCAGAACCAUCUUUAGCUGCUUCCUCGAGUCUCCCUUCCGGAGCUGAACAGCUCACUGAAAUGGACACGGGCAAAGCUGAGUCAGGAAUCCCACCCCUCGCCGCUGUAGGUGGGGCAAGUUCCGAGGACUGGGUGAAUGCGGUGGAGUUCAUUCCUGGGCAGCCCUACUGUGGCCGGACUGCCCCUCCCUGCACCGCAGCCCCCAUGCAGAGCCUGGGGGCCAAGGUGGAGUGUGAGAAGGAGCCGGCGGCAGUGGAGAGCAAGAAGCAGCUGUGCCCCUAUGCUGCGGUGGGCGAGUGCCGCUACGGGGAGAACUGCGUGUACCUCCACGGCGACGCGUGUGACAUGUGUGGGCUGCAGGUCCUGCACCCCAUGGAUGCGGCCCAGAGGUCACAGCACAUAAAAUCGUGCAUCGAGGCCCACGAGAAGGACAUGGAGCUCUCGUUCGCCGUGCAGCGCAGUAAGGACAUGGUGUGUGGCGUCUGCAUGGAGGUGGUCUAUGAGAAGGCCAACCCCAGCGAGCGCCGCUUCGGCAUCCUCUCCAACUGCAACCACACCUACUGUCUCAAGUGCAUUCGCAAGUGGAGGAGUGCUAAGCAGUUUGAGAGCAAGAUCAUAAAGUCCUGCCCCGAAUGCCGCAUCACAUCCAACUUUGUCAUUCCAAGUGAGUACUGGGUGGAAGAGAAAGAAGAAAAGCAGAAACUCAUUCAGAAGUACAAGGAGGCCAUGAGCAACAAAGCAUGCAGGUAUUUCGAUGAAGGACGUGGGAGCUGCCCGUUUGGAGGGAACUGUUUCUACAAGCAUGCGUACCCCGAUGGCCGGAGAGAAGAGCCACAGAGACAGAAAGUGGGAGCCUCGAGGAGAUACCGGGCCCAACGAAGGAACCACUUCUGGGAGCUCAUUGAGGAAAGAGAGAACAGCAGCCCCUUUGACAACGACGAAGAGGAGGUGGUCACCUUUGAGCUGGGCGAGAUGUUGCUUAUGCUUUUGGCUGCAGGUGGGGACGACGAGCUGACAGACUCUGAGGAUGAGUGGGACUUGUUUCACGAUGAGCUGGAAGACUUUUAUGACUUGGACCUAUAGCGGCUUUCCAUGCUGUGCGAACUGCUCUGCCAGGCCUCAGACCCUAGCUGUGCCCUGUGCCGUGUGGCAGUGCGUGUGGCCCUCCCAGGUGCUGUAGUGACCACUUACCUAGGGCCUGCUCCUCCACCCCCUGGCCUUUCCCCCCGAGAGUGUGUCGUUUUCUCUGUUUCAAAAAGUUACAAAAAUAAAUCUUAAAGUUAGUGGGGUUUUUUUUCUUUUUGGUAACAUGACUAUAACUGUCAGACAGUGUAGGUUUGUUGCGUCUUCUGUUUUGAGGCAGAUUGUGUUGAUGGACUUUUUUUCCAGACCCUGGGUCAAGAAAAGUUCAAAACCACUGCGCUCUGGGGUCCAGGAAGUGGGGCGACGGGCAAAGGGACCCAAGCUGGCAAGUAGCGUUCUUCUUUGGAUACGGACACUGAAGGUGAUUCUCGGUUUCUAGUGAAAUCUGCAUGUCUGUGUGCUUCCUCUGUGUCCCCAACCUGGCAGAUCCCCACCACAAAGCCUGCCCUGUGGUUUUGGCCUGCUGUUUUAAUGGCACACAAGGAAAAUCAUGAAAGAAAGGUGAAAUGGAGGACCAUGGGUAAAAGCCCCAUGGCGGAGUCGGGGGGUGGGGAUGGGAACUGCUCUUCAUCCCCCGCAGAUUUGGUGUUAGCCGGAGAGGACCAACGUGGGCUAGUGGUUUCCGCCUUGUGUGGCAGGUGGGACUACACAGCAUAUCUGUAGUGCUAGCUCUGUCUGUCUGUCCUAUCAUUGAGAAUUAAGACUCAACAUAGAGGCCAAACAACCUGCCUAUUCCCUACAGCAGAGCAGUUCACGCUGGGUCUUGGAUGCACCAUCUUAAGUUAAAUGUUUGUGGUCUACCUUUUCCUGGUCCAAGCACUUUUGGAAGAACUCUUGUCCUCAUUUGAGGAGUUCUGUUGUCAGGUUUUGGUGUUUGUUUGCCUCCUCCCACCCCUGAGUUUGGCAGGUAGACUGUUUUUCUAAGGUGUUUACUGCAGUGGAGUAAUUGACUUGCAGUCGUAAGUCACUCUUUGCCACUAAAGGGGAGGGUGUGGCGAUCCCCAGGACAGGAUGAAGUUGUUAGGAUUCCUUGCUGGGAAAUUUUACCUUUGCAUUUUUGUUGCUGUUCCCUAAAGUAACUUGGGAGAUGGUCCUGCCGUGUCCAUCCUCUGCUUCUGUCCUGGGCUCCCACCCAUUCUUUCACCUUAAGAAUAAAGAGAAAUGAAGUCAUUGUUGCAGAGGUCUCUGUAUUUUGCAGCUGCCCUUUUGUAAGAAGCACUUUUCCCAAAUAAAACAACUUAAAAAUC